UCGCUAGCUAGUUAAUGUGUUUUGCUAAUCUAAUGUGUUGUGUGAUUUAGCGCGUGAGCCUGGGUCAGGCAGCAGUUUUGACUUUUUUACUAAAAAUGUGAAUACAUUUUUUUUAAAACGUUAUUAACUACAACAUUGUUAAACAGAGAUGAUCCGAUUUGUGUCAGUUUCAGUUCUAGACCUGUUAUAAUCGAUAUUUGAUCAAUAUUGUAUCAGACCUAGCUUACACUUUGUUGAUGUUUACCUCUACAUCUUUAAUAAAUUACAGUAUAAUUACUAUUCUGUUCAUCCAAUAUAAUGUUUCUUUCAAAUAUUUGGUAUAAGAGGAGUAAAGAAACAGGUCCCAUAAUGAGAUUUAAAUACCAAGAGAUCUAUAUCUUGCAAAAGUUUUCACACCCUCACGAGCCAUGACAAAAGUUUACCUUCCUUUCUGAACACGAUAUAUAAAAUAAAUAAGUUUAUUUUCUAAUAACUGACACAGACACCUGAACAGCACUCCUCUUCAUUUGUUAUCAUCACACCUGACUGAUCUGAUAACACUCUUUAUCCAGGAACUGGCCCCGCCCCUUUUCCCAUACAUGUUCACAAAGCUCCGCCCACCAAACCUGUACAGUGGUUCAGAGAGAGGUGUAAUGUUAACAAAUACACUCAGGCAUGUCAGAGUUUCAGCUCUGUAUAAACAAUCACCUUCAGAUUUAUUAAGGUGUGAAGGACGCGUUGGGGGUGGGGCUGUAAAAUGAUUGGCAAGAUGAAGCCAAAUACAAACUAAUAAGCCGGACUGGAAGGAAGAUUUCCACGUCGUGUUCUUCUACUCAAGCCUCUGCGUCUUCCUUGUUUCUGACCUUCUUUACUUUAAUAUUGUCUGUGGUCGAGAUGGUGAAGGAGACGGGUUUUUAUGACGUCCUGGGCGUGAAGCCCGGCGCCAGUCCAGACGAGCUGAAGAAAGCUUAUCGCAAACUGGCCUUGAAAUACCAUCCGGACAAAAACCCAGCCAAGGGGGAGAAAUUUAAACAGAUCUCUCAGGCGUACGAGGUGCUUUCUGACGCACAGAAGAGAGAAGUUUACGAUCGAGGAGGAGAGGCAGCCAUUAAGGAGGGAGGGAAUGGAGGAGGAGGAGGAGGAGGCUUCAGCACACCCUUGGACAUUUUCGACAUGUUCUUCGGCGGAGGAGGACGUAUGCGCAGAGAGAGGAGAGGGAAGAAUAUUGUCCAUCGGCUGACCGUGUCUUUGGAAGAUCUGUAUAAUGGAGCCACCAGGAAACUGGCUGUACAGAAAAAUGUCAUCUGUGAGAAAUGUGAAGGUCACGGUGGACCUAAAGGUGUGGUGGAGGUGUGUCCGUCCUGCAGGGGGACAGGAGUUCAGGUCAGGCUGCAUCAGUUACUCCCCGGCAUGGUGCAGCAGAUCUCCACCGUCUGUGUCAGCUGCAGAGGUCAGGGUCAGCGCCUUAGCCACCGUAACCGCUGCAAAACCUGCACUGGACGCAAAGUCCUGCGCCAGAAAAAGAUCCUGGAGGUGCACAUCGAUAAAGGUAUGAAAGAUGGACAGAAGAUUGUUUUCCAUGGGGAAGGAGACCAGGAACCUGGACUAGAGCCUGGAGACAUCAUUAUCAUCUUAGAGCAGAAGGCACAUCCCAUCUUCACGAGACAGGACAUGGAUCUGAUCAUGACCAUGGAAAUUCAGCUCGUGGAGUCGUUGUGUGGUUUCCAGAAACCCGUCCAAAUGCUGGACAACAGAACACUGCUCAUCACCUCACACCCAGUAGGUGAGUUGAUCAGACCAGGUGAUAAGAAGUGUGUGCUGAAUGAAGGGAUGCCUACGUACCGCCGCCCCUUUGAGAAAGGCAGACUGGUCAUCUUUUUUAAUGUCGUCUUCCCCGAGGCUAACUUCCUCCCUGUAAACAAGCUGAAGCAGCUGGAGCAGUAUUUGCCUUCCACACGAGAGAAGAGCGAUCCCGACAGCAUGGACGAUGACCUCUACAUCUACGCUGACCUGGAGGACUGUGAUCUGAGCCAGGAGAGACCACGUCACCGCUACAUUGAGGAGGACGAGGAGGACUUUCAUCCAGGAGGAGUACAGUGCCAAACCUCAUAGAGCUUCCUUCCACUGCCCGUACCAUCCACCUCACUCUUCAGAUGAAGCUCCAUGAUCAGAUUGUGUUGGUGAAAAAGUGAACGAUCAUGUCCAUCACUUAGAUCAAAACUUUUUUUUUUUUCCUUUUAAUAUCAGUGGGAGAAUCUCAUGUGUUGGAAUCGUGAGCAGGUUUUUUUUUUUUUUUUUAGAAAGGAUCAGGUAGUGUUUGAUUCUUUCUUUUGAUUCCAUCACACUUACAACUGAGGGCAAGAGAAAGCAGAGAUCUCAUUCACAGAGCUGCUCAUUCUUACAGAACCUGCAAAAAACGAAAAGCCACACUGUUUAUUGCUUGUUUUUGUUUAGAUUUUGCCAUUUUUAAGGAUACUGUGAUUUAGAAAGCCAAAAGAUUUUCCUCCGACGUAUAAGCAGUGUUACUUUAACAUUUAAACCUUUAAUAAGUGUGAAAAGGAAAAGAAAAUAAAGUCUACUAGAACUGCUGUUUGUAUAAUGACCUCUAACGGUGACCGUAAACUGAAAACGAAACGAUUCUGGCUCACUAGCUUUUCUCUGUCAUGUGUAGCAGCAUUUGCACUAUAAAUUGACUGACAUCUGAUUUUAUUUUAUUUAUUUACAGCCUUUUUUAUGUGAAUUAAUUCGCCAAUUACUUCAGCUGUGUUCCUCUUUCUUGCACUUAUCUACGAAUUCGUUAUACAGAGCAGUGAACUGAUGCACUCGAUUAGUUCUGAAUAACUUUUAAAUGCAAAUUCUGUCAUCAGACCCGUAUUUUCCUUUGUGUUUGCCGAACGUCGUUCCAUCAGUUACCUGUAACCUGUGAGGCCUUAACCCGGGAGCGAGGAGCUGGGUCCCGUCCUCCAACAAGAGCUUCACGGCAAUUUUAAAAAAAUCUGUCAGAAAGAAUCUUCUGGUUUUUUUUAAUGUGGUUUUUGUUUCUUGUACUUUAAGGUCGAUUUUAUUAGGACCAAUAAUACACUUUAUUUGUACUUUAACUUAAAUCUUUAUUAAACUUAAAUCUUUCUUCUCUA